UAAUUCUCUUUGGUGGUCACACUGAAUGGGAUUUGAUUUUGACUUUUGGUUUGUUUGCGUCGGCUAAGAACUAGAAAUUUGCAAUAAAUUGUAUUUAUAUAUUUAUUGUGUCACGAAUUUUGAUUUUAAUAAAUAAUUAAAAAGUUGGACUACUAAUACAUAAUCAACAUGAAGCCGACUGGAGGCGGUGACGAAUAUAUUGAUGAACCAGAACACCUGCGGAAACUGUUUAUCGGUGGCUUGGACUAUCGGACGAAUGACAUAUCCCUAAAAGAAUUUUAUGAGCAAUGGGGUGAAAUUGUUGAUGUGGUGGUGAUGAAGGACCCACAAACAAAACGAUCCCGUGGCUUUGGGUUCAUCACUUAUUCCCGAGCACAUAUGGUUGAUGAAGCUCAAAGUAACAGACCUCAUAAAAUAGAUGGAAGAAUUGUAGAGCCAAAAAGAGCUGUCCCGAGAGAGGAAAUCAAAAGACCUGAUGCUAGCGCAACCGUUAAAAAGUUGUUUGUCGGAGGAAUGAAGCAAGACGUAGAGGAAGAAGAUUUGAGGGAAUAUUUUGGUACAUAUGGCAACAUUGUGUCAGUGAGCAUAGUGACCGAAAAGGAGACUGGCAAGAAACGAGGAUUUGGAUUUGUGGAAUUUGAUGACUAUGAUCCUGUAGAUAGAGUCUGUUUGCAGAUGAACCACAAGAUAAAAGGCCAGCGGGUGGAUGUGAAGAAGGCACUGUCCAAGUCCGAGAUGGGUGGAGGCGGUGGUGGCGGCGGCGGCGGCGGCGGCGGAGCAAGACGCGGCGGUGGCCGAGGUGGGGGUAAUGCCUGGGGCCGGAACAACGACUGGGGCUCAGGUUACAACUCUGGCUACUCUCAAGGAUGGGGCAACCAGAACGCGUGGGACGGAGGCAACUCUGGUGGCAACUGGGGCAACCAAGGGUAUGGCGACCAGGCAGGCUGGGGGCCCAGCAACAGCUUCGGGGGCGGAUAUCAGCAGGGGUUUGGUGGUGGCCCGAUGCGCCCCAAUUUUAACUCCACAAGGUCUCAGCCAUAUAACGCAGGUGGCGGUGGUGGUUUCGGUGGCAACAACAACGCCCCCGGUGGUGGUUCGGGUAACAACCCCGGCUUUAAUAGCGGCGGUGGCGCCAAUCCACCCUCGGGCGGCAACCAACGCAGAUUCUAGACCUCUUGUAUCAAGUUGCGCUUAGUUGAAGCUAGGCAGGCUGACGGUAUUGUAGUGAACUGUGAAGGAAGGUAGGCCACGCGACAGCUAGCUAGUGAGGGACAAGCGGACUUAGUGAAGCGACUCCGAUAGUUACAGUCCGAUUGAUCUUAACCGUGCAGUUCGGGAUAUCGAUUAUAAUAUCGAUAUAACCUAAAUUCUAUCAAAAUUGUUUUGUACGUGUAUCGACUUUUAUAAAUUGGCGUAAGUGUUGCACAAUUAUCAUGUUCCGUUGUUACUACAAUGUGACUAUAUUGAAAUGUAAAUUCGCGGGACCAAAAUCUUGUUAGGAAUUGAUAUAUUUUCAUGCUUUUUACUGUAGUGGCUAUAAAAUCUAAAGGAUAUGGAACUUCAGGAAAUAUUCACCUGUGUUAUCACGCUAUCUCGCGGUAUCGUAUUUACAUUAUUUGUUUCAGGAAUAGAAUGACUAAGCGUUAUAUAUUGGGAUAGCGUAUUUGGAUUAUAUAAUCAGGAGGUGCUUUUGAAAAUAAAAUAUAUUCACUUAACCCCAAAACGAAUUGGGUAAAAUUUUGUAACCGAAUUUCAAUUUAAGAUCAAACGGACUGAACUUUUGUUAUUAUUUCUCAUCGACUCAGGUUUGUUCAACAAGGUACUGUAGGUGCCGAUAAACACUUUUCUAAUCAUUAGCUAUUAUAGCACUCUUAUCACAGUUUUUACAUUUCAAGUGUAAACACAAUUUUAGCACAGCCGUGUGUUAGUCAGGCAUUUUAUAUUGAAUUUUUAAAAUAUUUGAACUACUGUAAAAGCUGUGGCAUAAGUUUCUACGUUAUUAGUUAGUAAGUGGAGAUAUAGUUUGUGUUUAUAUUUUAUUGUUGGUGGAUUUUUAUUUUUUCAAUUUCGUCGUAAAUUAGAUACGCAUGGGUAUGACAUUCCAAAUUUUAUGUUUUUAUUAUAUGUGGGAAGUACAGGCAUAUUUAAAUAUUAUAAAUAGUUAACCGUACGUAAGUAUAUCAGUAUAUUAUAGAGGUGAAAACACCAAUAUCUAACUUAUAUAAAUAUAUACAUAUUUCGAUGUUUAAAUUAAUAUAUUGAAUAUAAAAAAUUGCGUCUCUAAACUAAAGAAUAUAGGUUAAAUAUUUUAAUAUUUAAAUCGUUCCAUUAAGAAGAUAUUAAAGACGUUAUCUACGAAAUUAUAUAACUUUGUAUCUGAUGUUUUUAUUUUAGUUUACUAUUAUAAGAAGAUAAACUUUAUUUCUCUUUGUGCUGUGUUAACAUAGUUAUAACUUUGUCGUGUAUGUUGUGUGUAUAUUAAAUCGUAAAACUACUGUUUUCCAUGGACUCUUCUACAUGUGGCGAGCUUUCCUCCGUGGAAAAGGCCAUGGUAAGUUGAUUUUAUCAAAAUAAAACUAUUUCAUGAAGUAA